CGAAGCACUAAGAGAACCGCAAGACGACUAGCUGGUCGUUCUAAUCGUGCUCGUUGCCUUCUGCUAAUGAAUAACAAAGUCAAGUAAAUCUAAUGUAAAUACUUACAGUAUCAGCAGUGAUGAAACUGUACCAGGCUCUCAGAAAUGUGACCAGGUUCAGAACCGUUUUUGACUUUGGCGGACGGGAUGUGGCUCACUGGUUCCCCGGACACAUGGCUAAAGGACUGAAGCAGAUGAGAGCCAGCCUGAAGAACGUGGACUGUAUUGUGGAGGUUCAUGAUGCCAGAAUCCCCCUCUCUGGAAGAAAUCCUGAGUUUCAUGACAGUUUAGGAGUCAAACCACAUCUGCUUGUGCUCAACAAAAUGGACCUAGCUGAUCUUUCCAAGAAGCAGGAUAUCCUGAGGAACCUUGAAAAACUUGGAGUGAGGCAUGUUCUCUUCACAGACUGUUUGAAACAGAGAGAUGACAACGUUAAAAGGCUGAUGCCAAAGGUUUUGGAAAUUAUUGGGAGAAACCCACGAUUCAACAGAGAGGAGAACGCAAAUCAUUGCCUUAUGGUGAUUGGGGUGCCUAAUGUGGGCAAGUCGUCUCUUAUCAACUCACUAAGAAGAACAAACCUUAAAAAAGGGCGUGCAUCUCGAGUAGGAGGGGAACCAGGAAUAACUAAAGCAGUUCUGACUAAAAUUCAGGUGUGUGAGCGACCCAUAAUGCACCUGUUGGACACACCUGGAGUCUUACCUCCUAGGAUUGAGAAUGUUGAAACUGGCAUGAAGCUGGCUUUAUGUGGAACUAUCCUGGACCAUUUAGUGGGUGAAGACAUUAUCGCAGACUACUUACUCUUUUCUCUAAACAGACUUGAGAAGUUCAGUUAUGUAGAGAGAUACAACCUUCAAGAGCCGAGUGAUGACAUUCAGCAUGUCCUGAAACGCAUCGCUGUAAAACUUGGAAAGACACAGCGGGUCAAAGCCAUCACUGGAGUAACAUUACUGUCACUGUGCCAAACUACACAGCAGCUGCUUAUGAUUUUAUACGAGCCUUCAGGAAAGGAGAACUGGGAAAAGUCAUGCUGGACUGAUGAAGGCAUUUUUUCUCAAUGAUAGCUGGACUGUUUCUGGGGUUUCUGUCAACUGCUAGAACUUAAAUUCCACUCUAAAGGUUCAUCAAGGGGAUUAAACCUCUUUGUCCUUGUGACAUUUUCAGGAAAGGUUUUUUUUUAAAUAAAUCAAUGGAAAUGUCACAAAAGCUCUGUAAACUUUGUAAAUAAAAUAAUUUAAGUGGAUUUAGUUUUUUUUUUCUCUCUGAGCUUUCAAAAUACAUGAGGCAAACAUCUGACAUGGUGUAAACAGGAAAUUUAUUAGCAUAAAGACAGAGAUAACAAAUUCUUUAAAUAUAUUAUUUACAUAGGUGUUUCAGAGUAUAACAGAGUGCACUUGUAGAUGUGGAACAGUCUGUUGCUCCUGAGUGUCUGCUGCAGGUAAAGAUCUUCUCUGGGACAAAAAGGACAGACUGUGGAAACCUAAAGAAACACGUUUUAGUGAGAGCAGCAGUUUGCUUUCUAGUGCCCUACUCAAUAUGAAGGGUUUUGUACAAUGGUCUGAGAAGACAAGAAAGUUAAAUUUCAAGUGUUAUAAGAGUUGAGUAAGUUGAAAUGAUUUUGAAAAAUGGUGUAAAAAUCUUGUGGAGAUUAAUUUUAAUGAGAACACAAGUGAUGGCCAUUAUAAAUUGUUCCUCACACCAAUAAAGAUCUUCAAAUCCACUCUUCAUGCAGAGUUUUGCAUAAAAUA